AUGAUAGGGACCAGAAUGAAAUUCCAGGUUCUCGCUAUCGCAGCUUUUAUUGUUAGCGUCUCGGCGAAUUCGACAAUCUGUAACAAUAAUGCCACACUCAGCUGCCACGGUUCAUCCGAAAUACCCAACUGCUGCUAUAACUACCCCGGUGGUGCUCUAAUACAGACACAGUUUUGGGAUAACGAUCCUUCAACUGGUCCAGCUGAUUCAUGGACCAUACAUGGACUGUGGCCUGAUAAUUGCGAUGGGACUUACCAAAGUCGCUGCGACUCAUCAAGAAAUUACGGCAGCGUCACAGGAAUUCUGCAGACGCAGAACCGCACCGAAUUGCUCUCCUAUAUGAAGCAUUACUGGUUGGAUAUCAACGGCGAUGAUGAGUCCUUCUGGGAGCACGAGUGGCAAAAGCACGGCACAUGCAUCAAUACCAUCGAGCCAAGCUGUUACACCGAGUAUACACCCGAAGAAGAAGUUGGCGAUUUCUUCCAGAAGGUAGUUGACCUGUUCAAGGGACUUGAUACGUACAAGGCCCUAUCAAAUGCUGGAAUCACUCCUGAUAGAUCGACAACAUACAGUCUGAGCAAGAUCCAGUCUGCUCUGUCUGCCCUUCACGGCUCUAAGGCCUACGUUGGUUGCGAGACUGAUGAGCUGAAGCAGGUUUAG